AGUGGAGGCAUCGGUCAGGCCACAGCACGUCUCCUCGCAUCUCGCGGCCUCAAUGUCGCAAUCCACUACUUCUCUAAUUCUGCCGUCGCUGACUCGCUCGUCUCUGAGCUCACAUCGCCAGCCAACACAGCCCUUGCACAUGGUCCAGUCAAAUCCAUAGCCUUCAAGGCCGAUCUGGGCGACAUGGAUCAGGUGAGGAAGAUGUAUGAGGAGGUGGUGGAGAAGAUGGGGCACAUAGAUGUGCUAUAUAAUAAUGCGGCGAUGAGUGGCAAGAAUUUGGGGAUUAAGGGGCGAAUUGGGGAUAUCGGGUUGGAAGAGUUCGAGACCGUCUGGAGGACGAAUGUGCAGGCGAGCUUUUUGGUGAGUCUUAUUCUUCCGUUGACUCAGUUGUGCAUACCCCAUAUGGAGGAACAGAAGUUUGGACGGAUCGUGUUCUGCUCUAGUAUUGCUGCAGCCACAGGAGGCGUUGUCAGCCCGGCCUACGCAUCAAGCAAGUCUGCUCUCCACGGCAUCAUGCAUUGGGUUGCUAAACAAUACAUUAAAUGCGGAAUCAACCUCAUCCCAAUGGGCCGAUUCGGUAUGCCUGAAGAAAUCGCGGCGGUGGUCGAGCUGCUGAUUAGUAACUCGUACAUGACGAACAAGGUGCAUUUCACUGACUCUUUAGUCCGUCCAUUCGUAUUGCUGACCAGAUUAUGGACAUGCAUCGCGCUCGACUAG